AUGGCGGAGAUCUCUUAUGCGGAUCUCAAAGAGCUCAACACAUCAUGUCCAGCGUCAAUUACAGACGUCGAAUAUUUGUCCGCCUAUAGCUGGAUUGAAGAGACCACUCCAUCAAUCGCCGUGCCUGGUCUUCCGCGUUUUUGGACACCUCCAAAGGGACCCCAGACUCUGGAGAAAGAUUCCGGCGUUGUUUACGUAGAUCAGAAUGCGGCGCGACAUCCCGACUACCCAAUGGAGUCCCUAUUCCGAGCGUUGUUGAUCACGCAUCCCGAGUUCGAUCUUAGUUCAGUCGACGUGGUCACCGAUCGGAAUAAUAUACGCAAACUUCUUCAUUUCAUCAAUCCCAGACAAGAGAGCUACCCGUUUGAUAGAUUUACCAUCAACAUUGAAGUUAUAAAUAACACCGCCAUCCUAGGUCGAUCCGAAUCAGCCACCGCUGAACAUAUUGGACCCCAUGAGUUCCGGGGAUUCAGUCGUCAGUUCGAGAAUACAUACACUACUGCCGAACUCUGUGGCAGUAAGGGUCACUAUCGGAUUCUAUCAUACAGUUUCUGUGGGAUGAAGUUUGUGGUUCGCCACGAAACCAGUGGUUACACCAAGAAUGGUAUUGACAACCACAGAGAGUUAAAAGGCGAUGAACUCUCCGAUUUACUCGGAAACUUGUCGUUAUCGUCACCGAGCUCCUCGUAUACUAGCAUUGCGGGGUCCAAAUUGAGGGUUGGCGGUGGCGGCUAUGCGGUACCCCUCGAGUCCACGCUUGAGAUAAAGACUCGCUCCACAAAGAACCCUCUCAGCAUAGACGAAGUGGCACCACAGCUCUGGAUCUCUCAGACUUCCAAGUUGGUGCGGGCGUAUCAUGACAAAGGCAGGUUCCUUGAGCCAAAAGUGGAAGAUGUUUCCAGUAAGAUCCAAUACUGGGAAGCGGUCAACCAAUUGGACUUGACGAAGCUUGGCGGCUUGAUCGAGAAGAUCAUUCACAUUGCGAAGAGGCUUGGUGGGAGGGCGACGAUUGAAUACGACGCUAUGAGUGCCAAGCUUCUGUUUCACAAGAACACCGACUUGGACAAGAUGCUACCUGGGGACCUCUACGCCCGAUGGGGUGGCGGUGAUGGUGCUCGAGAAGGGCCAGUUGGAGAUUUCGGCGUCAGUUGCAGACAGGGCGAUGAUGAGGCUGGUCAAGUACCCAAUCGCAGCAAGGGGAAUGCUUUGCUUAAUGUUAAGAUGGGAGAGUAUGUUGUCCGCGACGACUUGCCUUUCGCUGCCGUUAUUCGGUCAGCAGUAACGAAGGGUUUCCGUCAUUUCUUUCGCAGCUUGCCAACGAGCCUCGGUGACUACCACACCCUUUGCGAAUCACUCAGGGCUUCGAAUGUGGACGUUCUCCAAGGGCGUCAGGUCCGUGACCUGAUGGCUGAUUUGAGGAGUGGCAAACAAGACUGGGACACAGAAGGGCAUAACAGGUGCUUCGGAUCGAAGAACGUCGCACGAGACUCUGCCUUCCGACUUCUUUACAUCUUCUUGCAAGAGAAAACAGAAGACAGUAACGCAGCAUACAAUGCGACCCUGUUUGUGGUCUCCCAUUACAGAAUAUUUUGGUACAAGACACGGAAGAUGGUCCGGCAGGCUUUCGAUUCUACCUAUACGCCUUCAUUCAAGCAGAAGAGAGAAUUGGACAAGUGGCCAGCGGAGGAGAACUUGCAGGAAGAUGAUGCAACUACGGAGGAGGAGGUAUCUGAUGGUGACUAUUACUGGGACUCUGACUACUCGUGA